UCUGCUACCUCCUCCGUCCCUUUUCUCAGCGGCGGACAGGGUUUCCCUCCCCUCUCUCGGCGCGCGCGCUAUCCCCUAGUGGCCUCGACGGGGGUGGGGCGGGGCGGCUACAGGAUUCCUUCUUCUUCGGUUGGCAGUUGGCGUGGCGUUGUAGGUCACAACCCUUCCUUCACUGCACUAUGGAUACACUUACUUCUUCUGUGUUGGAGGAAGAACAGGAGGCUUCUCGGAAGUUAAGGUUGCAUGUCAGUGAGAUAGAAGCAGUGCAAAAACAAAAUCAAACUCAAAAUGAGCCAAAGUUAUUUCUCGGCUGUCUUGUGUAUGGAGAAACAUCAUCUCUGGGAACCGAUUACAAAAUAUGGAUAGGUGCAGAGACGAGUGACGGAAUAAACUUUAAAAUCUCAUUAUGCGCUGAAGCACCGCCUGGUUUUUCUCAUCUCUUUCUUAAGACGGAUGAUGCAGUGGCUGUUACCCCCACCAGCACCGUGUUUCGUGACGGUGUGAAAAAGAGAGUGGUCAUUACACAGUGGCUGUGUUGAAGGAAGGCAUGCCAUUGACAACUGCAAGGUCUUCUUCCGUGUAUGAAAGGAGUAUGGCAACUGAAGGUCCGCCAUGUGUAUGCAUCUUAUCUACGUCAACAGGAGAAUGGAAAACUUAAGAGUGUCUUUCUCCCUGAUGAUCUUACUUCCUGGAAUUGGGACAUCCAUACAGUGCUUGCAAAUGAAAAUAGUUUUUGGUGGGUGGAUUUGUGCUGUGGAAUCCUCUCUUAUGAUCUUGACCAGCACCAAUCUGCUCUUGGGUUCAUCCCAAUUCCAACAGCAUGUUUAGAGGAUGGGUACAGACAAGAUCGUUUUGUCAGCAUCAGCACAGGAGAACUUAGGUUUGUCCAUAUCUUUAGGAAAGACGAUCUUUUCUGUGAUUAUGGUAUCAAGUCACAGCAGUGUGAAGAUUAUGUCAAGACUUGGAGUUGGAGAGAUGGGCGGUGGAUUGAAGAGUACGAGAUGAAAUUUGCAGAUUUUUGGGAGGGCACAAGCUAUUCUUCAAGUCGUCUACCGAAGUUUGUACCAGCAUAUUCUACUGUUGAUCCUUGUAAUCAUAAUCUAGUACUUUUACUUACCAACUGGCCAACAUUUUGAUGGUCAUGUAAUUUGUGUCGAUUUGCCCUCUAUGGAGAUCACAUACUGUGGCAAAGUACGCGAGGGCCUACUUCACGGGCUACGGCUAGAAAUAUUUGAGUUUUCAGAAGCAGGAGCAAAGGAGGAUCAGCAGCAGCAGGAGUCCUGGGAGAUGGCUGUGUCUGGUAAAGAGACUGCACCAAGAACAAAGCAUCGUCGGCUGGAGGCGUAAUUGGGCCAUUCUUAUCCUGCUUUGAGUUGGCCCAAAGAGCACACGGGAAAACGGGCUAGGCCCAUUGACUAAUGUCUUUUAAAAAAAGCCAUAAACAAAAAAAAUUAUAGUACAGAAAAAUACAGGGAAACAAAAAUUUACAA